UCUUCCUCGGAUGCCUGGGCGACGCGGGGAACAGGCCGCGGUCUCCGCGCCCUGCAGUUGGAAGGCGAGGAGGGGUAGGCGGGAGGCCUGCGCGGGUCUUCGGAAUCCGUGGAGAGCCCUCUAUCUCCUGUGUCCUCUGCGGCGCUCACUUCCCCCUCCCCCAUGGCCGGUUUUGUUCGAUUUGGAGGCCUUGGCAUCUCGCGGAGGUUUCUGGGAGUCGUUUCAGGCGGAGGUGGGGACAGGGCGGGCCUUGCGCGGGGGGUGCAGGGACUUGUAGUCCCGCCGGCUGUGGACGGAAGUACUCCGACGCUGUUGUGUCCUGGGGGCCUUUGGUCCUCAGAAAUGCGCCGCCUUGAGUGCAGGGAAGAGGGCCCGGAGGACGUCGGACUAGGGUCGGGGUACAGAGUGGGUCUGUGCUGGAGUGAGGUGGGGAUCGCCUGAGGCGAAGUACCCUGCCCCAGUACUUUCAGGACCGUGGGCUUGCCCUCCUGGAGUGUGCUGUAUAUAUAAGAGAACCAUUGAUACCAUUUAUAAGAUAGGGGGUCUUGGAAUAGGAACGAAUGAAAUCUGCUGGCUAGACCUUAUUUAUAAGGCCUCCAGCUCCAGAGGAUUUAGAUAAACCCAUAUGUAUUACCGGUCUGAUGAGGUCUUAGAUUUCUAGUCUUCGUCUUCAUCGGUUUACAGUAAGCUUUUCUAAGUUGUUAUUGUUCAGAUUCGGGGAACUGAAUAAAUACAUAGCUGCACGCUUCAUUCCUAACGUGUUGUAAACAGUGGCACGGGCAUGACAGUGCAAUUACUAAGGAAAGGAUCAGAAAUAGUACAAAGUUUCCCCGAAGGUAGAAGCUGUGAGUCGUCCAGUAUAAGGACAAGAUAUUGGGUGACGGCAAGAAGUCAAGGUGGUUAUGAGAGUGCUUUUUCUUAAUAGAAUUUACUGGAAUUAAUGCUUAUUAUUUAUUAUAAAUGUAUUUAUGGUGUGAUGGAUGAAAGAUAAUUUGCAUAUUACUAUGCAAAAUGUUUUUUUCAAUAUUGUGUAGUCUGUUUUUCAUAUAUUAUAUGCUUUCCCCCCAAUAUCCUGUGACAUAUCACUAAGUAAGAACUUUUUUUUUAACGUUUAAGUCGAAAUACCUUUUCACUUAAAAAAAAUUUUUUUUUGUGAAGAAAAUUCUCUUAAAGCAAAUAAUAAAAAAGGCCUUUAAUUUUGAGUUGACCUAAGAGUCAGGAAAUGCCAGUCCUGAAUGGAAAAUAGUGUGUACCUGGAUUAAGCACAUUUAGAAAACACGAGUUGGGGCAAAUACUUAACUUGGCAUUCUUUUGAGUAUUGACAUAGAGUUUGUUAACUUAGGUCAUAUAUUGGCAAGCUUUUUCUGUAAAGGGCCAGAGAGUAAAUAUGGUCAUGCAUCACUUAAGGACGUGAUACAUUCUGGGAAAGGUGUUAGGUGGUUUCAGCAUUGCUCGAACAUCAUAGAAUGUUCUUCAAACCUAAAUAGUAUAGCCUUCUGUUCCUACACUGCAAACCUGUAGGGCAUGUUACACUGUAAGCGACUUUAACACAAUGGUAUUAACAGAAAAGGAACAAUAAAAUAUGGUGUAAAAGAUAAAAAAAAAAAGUACACAUGUACAGAGCACUUAACUAUUAAUAGAGCUUAGAGAACUGGAAGUUGCUCUAGUGAGUGAGUAGUGAGUUAAUGUAAAGGUUUACUGUACACUGAUGUAAACUUUAUAAAUAUUGUAUACUUUGGCUGACUAAAAUUUUUUUUUUAAUUCUCUUUCAUCAAUAAUAGAUUAACUUAUGGGAACUUUUUUUUACUUACCAACUUAAAUUUUCUUUUUGUUUUUUGAGACAAGAGUCUCAAGAUGUCGCCCUGGGUAGAGUGCUGUGGCAUGUGUCACAGCUCACAGCAACCUCCACCUCUUGGGCUUAAGUGAUUCUUUUGCCUCAGCCUCCCAAGUAACUGGAACUACAGGUCCCUGCUACAAUGCCCGGCUAUUUUUUUGUUUUUGCAGUUGUUGUUGUUUAGCUGGCCCGGGCUGGGUUCAAAUCUGCCAGCCUGGGUGUAUGUGGCCGGUGCCCUACCCAUUGAGCCACGGGCACCACCAAACUUAAAUUUUCUUAAACGUUUUGAUUCUUACAUUAGUACUUAAAACACACAUUGUACAGCUAUACAGAAAUUCUUUUAUUAUAUCCUUAUGGUAUAAACUUUUUUUCUAUUUAGAAUUUUUUCUUUUUUCAGUUUUUAAACUUUUUUGUUAAAAAUUGAUUCACAAGCAACAAAUUAGCCUACACAGGGUCAGGAUUAUCAGUAUCACUGUCUUCCACCUCCGUAUCUUCUCCUACUGGAAGGUCUUCAAGGGCAAAUAACACACAUAUCAUCUCCUAUGAUAACAGUGCUUUCUUCUGGAAUACCUCCUGAAGGACCUACCUGACGUUUUACAGUUAACCUUUUUUCCGAUUGACUGUGAAGAAAACGGGGUAUUUUCCUGGAGCAGUGUAUUCUGCCUUGGUUGUCUCCUCUUGAAGUAUUGAGUAAAUCAGGAUGUCUGCACAGUCAGUGGAAGAAGAUUCAAUACUUAUCAUCCCGACUCCAGAUGAAGAUGAAAAAAUUCUGAGAGUAAAAUUAGAGGAGGAUCCUGAUGGUGAAGAGGGAUCAAGUAUUCCUUGGAACCAUCUCCCUGACCCGGAGGUUUUUCGACAGCGGUUCAGGCAGUUUGGAUACCAGGAUUCACCUGGGCCCCGUGAAGCUGUGAGCCAGCUCCGAGAACUUUGUCGUCUAUGGCUCAGGCCAGAGACACACACGAAAGAACAAAUCUUAGAGCUGGUUGUGCUGGAGCAGUUUGUUGCCAUCCUACCCAAGGAGCUACAGACUUGGGUUCGUGAUCAUCAUCCAGAGAAUGGAGAGGAGGCAGUGACAGUGCUAGAGGAUUUGGAGAGUGAACUUGAUGACCCUGGACAGCCGGUUUCUCUCCGUCGACGAAAACGCGAAGUACUAGUAGAGGAGAUUGUAUCUCAAGAAGAAGCUCAGGGAUUACCAAGUUCUGAGCUUGAUGCUGUGGAGAACCAGCUCAAGUGGGCAUCCUGGGAGCUCCAUUCCCUCAGGCACUGUGAUGAUGAUGCUAGGACUGAAAAUGGAGCAUUAGCUCCAAAGCAGGAGACUCCUUCAGCAGUAGAAUCUCAUGAAGCUCCUGGCAUACUCAAUAUAGGUGUUCCUCAAAUUUUUAAAUAUGGAGAAGGCUGUUUUCCCAAGGGCAGGUUUGAAAGAAAGAGAAAUCCCUCUCGAAAGAAACAACAUAUAUGUGAUGAAUGUGGAAAACACUUCAGUCAGGGCUCAGCCCUUAUUCUUCAUCAAAGAAUUCACAGUGGGGAGAAACCUUAUGGAUGUGUUGAGUGUGGGAAAGCAUUCAGCCGAAGCUCCAUCCUUGUGCAGCACCAGAGAGUCCAUACUGGAGAAAAACCUUACAAAUGUCUUGAAUGUGGGAAAGCCUUUAGCCAGAAUUCUGGGCUUAUUAAUCAUCAGAGAAUCCAUACUGGGGAGAAACCUUAUGAAUGUGUUCAGUGUGGGAAAUCCUAUAGUCAAAGCUCCAAUCUUUUUAGACAUCAGAGAAGACACAAUGCAGAAAAACUUCUGAAUGUUGUGAAAGUUUAAGAAAUUAAAAAAGAAAAUUAGCACUCAGGUCUUUUUCUUCAGAAAUGAAGACAAAAUUAAAAACAUGAAAUGAUACAGAAUAGGUUUUUCCCUAUUGACUGUCAGAAAAUCCACUGGGAAAUGUAAAAAUUCUUCACUUACCAUUAUUAUUUUAUCUGAAAAGGAAUGGUGUCAUACCUGCCUAGAAACUGAAAUUUUAAACUUAAUUCAGAUGUUAAUGACUAAAUUUUCUGUAAAAUGUUUAUAUUCUCUAUUAUUUUUCCAAGUAAUGAGCUACUUGAUUAUCCUUUUCUGAAUUUCUUUUUUUUAGGCAAAUUAUUUCUGAGUUGUUCAUUGAAAUGCUCUUUAUAAGGAUACAUUCCCUUCUAUAUUAAAAGGCAACAUAGGAAUUAUAAAGUCUGAAAACUAUCUUAAACAAUUUUAAAACCAUCUUUUAAAAGUUUGCUUUUCUGUUUCCUUUUUUUGAAUUUGAAUCUGCAUUUGAAAAAAAUAGGAGAUAAAGGAUGGCUAAAAGCCUGAAAGUAAAAUCUAAGCUGUAAGAUCUCAGAUAAGAUGUGGUGGUAACAAGACAUCAGUAAGUGAAUGGGGAAGAUACACAGAUACUCUUGAUUGAAGAAUUGAAAUAUCUCAAGGAUUUUUCUAAAUUCAGUCAUUUGUGUACAGGAAGACUCAAAAACCACUCCUCCUAUCUGUAAUUUGGAGGCACCUUACUAAUAAAAAUGUUCUCCUAUAUACCAUUAAAAAGUAGAAGUCUAACAAUAAUUAUAAAACUAUGAAGGUGGAAAUUAUAACACUAAGGAAGAAUUUGUUGUGAAUGGCAGUGUUGGAGGGCAAGUGUAAACGUAAGAGUAAUGAUCUUUCUUGGCUUUUAGAAAAAGAUCUGGUUUAUCAUUAUUUUGCCUUUAUCUUUCCUAAGGAUAGAAAAUUCCGUGAUAGUAGGCAACAAGUAUCAGGUUUGCUAUUUUUUUAUUCAUUUGGUAUAAAAGGGUUGAACACCAGGCUUUAAAAGCAGCCAUACAUUUAUCAUUAAACAUUUUCUACCGAUAAGGCACUGUGCUAGGUACUGUAAUCCUACCAUAAAUGGGGUAGGUAUUUCUUCCACUAUAAAUCAUAGGGUGUAUGGUACAAAGCUGUUUCACAUGAAUUAGCCUCUUCCCUUGCUGAGCAUUCCCGGGGGUAGUCACCUCUGAAAUUCCCAGAGCCAUAGUUGUCUUACCAGGGUGUUGUAUUGGGGUGGGGUGGGGGGAGGAUAGACUCAACUCAAAUUGCUAGCCAGCUCUCCAGCAUUCUUCAGAGGUGAGUCUAAAAUACUCUCUAUCACAGUUUGGAGGUUUGUGAAUCUUUUAAAAAAACUAAACUCUAGUAGCAUUGAGGUUGUACCUACAUGUUAAGUUGAAUGGACUAUUUAAAAAAUAAACAACUAGACUAUUAACUAGUUUAUUAACUAUCAGAAUUGAUUGAACUAUUUUUUUUAAUUUUCAGUCUUAACACAUUUUUAAAAAUGUAUUCAAGUAAUACAUUGUAGUAGUAGGAUUAUAUACUCCUUGACUGAGAAUCCCAAGUACUGUGGUUCUACUGUUUAGAGGAAAACUCUGGAAGUUAAAAUAUAGAAUAUGAGAAAAGGGUUUUUUAUAAUGGGCAUCAUUGUGUGGAAAAUGACCCAAGUCAAUACAAAUAUUUCAUAGUUCAGAGAUUUUGGUUAUAUCUGGUGCUUGGAUCAAAUUGAAAAAUGGAAGAUGAGAUUUGCAUGAGCCUAUUAAAAAGCAUAGUACUAAAAGCAAGGCCAGCUGGUGGAGAAGUGAGGAAGAAUGGAACUUGUUUAUAGGUUUUCUGAUAACAAUUAUAAGAAAUGUGCUUUAUAGAUUAAGAUUUAUUGAAGUAUAAAUAUGUAGUAAUGAUAUAAUGUAUUUUAAGUUAUACAAGAAAACAUAGGGACUUUUGUUUGGGUCUUUUUCUCUUUGUGGCUGAGAGGAAGCAAGUUACUGUCCAAUAAAGCUGUAAAUUCCUCUGCUCUAAGAUAAAAUGAUCUUGAUUGAUUUAUUUAUAACUGGCUUCUUUCCAAGACCGUUUUGAGGUGGCAUAUUUGGAAGACUGCUGGGAUGACAAUUAUCAGAGUAGGUAAGAAGGGAGCAACCUCUCAGUGGAAUGUUCCAUUUUUAAGAUCUGACACCUUUCCUACGUAGAAGGAAGCUUCCCUGUGGUAGGUUUUUCAUAAAUGCCAAAGAUUUGGUAAUAUGAGAGUAUAGAAAAAGUAGUAUUAGAGUUGGCAAAUAAUGUUUUUGUCUUGCUAGCUUUAAUACCUGUGCGUUGUUCGAAAGGGCUCUGACUGAGGCUAAGGAAGGCUCUGGGGGGAAAGGGACUGGGACCCGGACCAGGAAAAGGAAAUGAGAGAUGUAUACUGCAUUAGGCUUAGUCCCCACUAGACACAUUGAUUUUCAUUAAACAGUUAUUGAUCUGUGAUUUCGUCCAGACAUUGAUUUAUACCCAUGGAGAUAAUCAUAGCAAUGUGACUGUGUGCCCAGCUUCCAGUGAAGUGUGGUGAUGCGGCAGUUGCUGAGCAGUAGUGCAUAACCAGGACAUCUGUUUGGUUACAAAUGAGCAGAUGUAUUGGGGCAUGCAGAUUACUGAUACCUGCCCAGGAGCCACUGUGCAUUUGCUUGUUGCUGCUAAAUUUUAUUGUGGUUUUCCUGGAGGAUAAGCUCCACAUUCACACCCAGUUCACACUUCGAUCAUUUAACAGUAUGUCUCACAUUUGUGUAAAUUGAGGGGAGGGAUACAUGUAUUGAAAUAAUUUGCAUGUCAGGCAUUGAAUUAGACAUUCUAACUAUCAGUUAUGUUUAUAGACUAGGAAAGCAAGGUUCAGAGAUCAUGUAACUUGCAUGUGGCCAAUUAGAGCUAAAAUUCAUACCUAGUUCUGUGGGCUCCAGUGAUAUAUUCACUAUACCAUGAGUGGUGGCUGUUAAGCCAGCCUUAGUUAAUAAUUUUUACGCAUUUAUUUUGAUGGUUAACAAAUCAGGAAGUUAUUAAAAUGCUGGUUUGAAUUUUUUACAGUACACAAAUGUAAAAUGAAAAAAGACAUUUCCUUUUACAGUUACUACCCAGAAGUGAUAAUAGUUUGGUUUCUUGUUCUUCCAGAUAUGGGCAUAUAUAUGUUUAAUAAAAAGUGUGUUAAUAGCUGACACUUGUUGCUAUGUACAGGCACUCUGAGGUGCUUUGUUAUGGAUUAGCUCUUAAUCCUUAGCAGCCAUCAGAGGUAGAACAUACCCUCAUUUCACAUGUACUAUGCUGAGAUUUGCCUCCCCUCCCUCUCAUUGUUAUAGACAUUGUUUUCAUAACUACAUACAAUUCCACUGCAUGAAUAUACUAUAAUUUAUUUAAUUCCAUAUUAAUGGAUAAGUAGGUUCAUUAUAGAUAAAGGUAUAGUUAACUUUCUGUACAUGUGUUUUCUUGCCUGUGUGGGUACUUCUGUAAGGGAAAUAGAUUGGAAUACUACCAAAAAGAUUACACCAAUUUACAACUCCAUCAAUAGUAAGAGCACCUAUUUGCCUACACUCCUACCAACCCUGAAUUCUUAAAAUUGCCAGUCUGACAGGUGAAAUUUGUUUCUUUGAGUAUUAAGAGGAAUGCCUUUUUGUGUUUUUAUUGGUCAUUUGCUUUUCCUGUUGGGAAUUGCUUUUGCCUAUUUUUCUGUUUUUAAGUGUGGUAGUACAAAUGACUACCUUAUCAUUGUACAAAACUUAAAUGAUACCCAAGUGGAAGAGUAAGGAGAGACCCUUUUCUCCAAUGCUUUCGAUCACAUUCCACUUCCUACUGUUUAGCAUACAUCCUUUUAGCCCCUUUUUUCAUGUUUCCAUAUGAAUAUACAUACAUAAAACACUAUUUUUACACAAAUAGGAUCAUAUUUUGUAUUGUUCUGUAGCUUUUUUUUUUUUUUUGGUGUCAGAAAUAGUUACUGAGGUCUUUAAAUUUCUUUAAUGGUUGAAAUGGUUAAAUACUAUGAAAAUACCAUUAUUCAACGAUUUGAUUCCCUUAUUUUUUCUCUCUUGCUAUUACAUUGCCAAAGUAAGCAUCAUACUCAGAUGUUUUUGUGCAUGUGUGUGAGUAUCUUUAAGUUGGAGUCCCACAUGGUGGAUUGUGGGUCAAAGGGGUGUGCUCUCUGAUAGACCCACCUUAGCCUUCCCAAAGGCCUUCAUAACUUUGUAUUUUCACCAACUAUGUGAAAAAUGCUUGUUUCCUUAUUUAGCCUUACCUACUUUGCUAGUUUUUAUCUGUUAGGCUAGAAAGAGACAAGAAUCCUUUCUUAUUUUGCAUUUCCCUAAUCAUCAAAAAUGGUGAGAUUGGGGUUAUUUUCAUGUUAUUGGCUAUAGUUUUACCAUGAAUUGUUUGUAUCCUUUACCUGUUUGUCUUUCGGGUUAUUGCCGAUAUCUCAGUUUUGUUCAAAACAUCUCUUUCCCUAUCUUCUGGUAAUGGAACCCUUAUUUAUUGUGGAGAACCCAUUCCCUGUGGCCUAGGUGAACGAUGACCACGUCUGACACUUGGGUCCCAGAGCUCCCUAGCCACAUUGAUUGAAUGGGCAUGAAAUUUAAGCCAGGCAAAGGAGAGCCCUCGACAGAACUUCUGCUGGGACUACUGGAAAGAAGGCUUUAUGGAGAUCCCAGGAAUCAAGGAACAUGUAAGCCUGAAUUUGUACCAUGAUGGAAAGAGUCUGUGUGAGGAGAGACUUGGAGGCUAGCAGAAAUGGAAAGAGAACUAAGUUCUGAUGUCAUUUUUCUGGAGCCCCUAGAUCCAGCUGUGCCUAAAGCCUGCCCUACCUCCGGACUUUAAAGUUUUGUGAGCCAAUAAAGUCCCUUUCUUGUUUAAGAUAAUUGAAUUGGGUUUCUGUCCUGAUUAAUAUAGGUUAUUUGUAUUUUCUUAAUUGAUUUGUAGAAAAUGUUUGUAAUAUUAAAUUUUAGACCUAUACUUUAUGCACUAUAUAAGUUAAUAAAAUUAGCAUGGCCUUCCAUGA